UGUGCCGGGGGUGUGCACCCAUGGGUGAGCAGUAGCAGUAGCAGCACUCCAAUCAGAUCAGAAGAGAACUGUAGGGUGUGACGGACGGGAUUCUGGUACGUCCCAGUUUGUGUGUAAGGACGCAGACAAAAGGAGCAGGACAAAGAGCGAGGUGCCAUGGCUCAAACUUGUUGAUGUUGUCUCCCCAUUUUCCUGCAGUCACUCAAGGCUGUGAAGAUGUCUCUUUCUGCUAUGUUCACAACAACACUCAUACCAGAAAUAUUUACAUUGGAUUCUGCUACUGUCCAGCCAACAGAGCCCUACACAUCAAACCUGCUGAUCAAUGCUACAGAUUUAACUGGCUUAAACAACAACAGCCUGUCUGCACUACCCCGCUGUACCUAUAAAGAGGACUUCAAACAGAUUCUGCUGCCUGCCGUCUAUAGCUUUGUUUUUGUCCUUGGACUUCCUCUGAAUGCUGCAGUUAUUCUGAAGAUAUGGAGGAAGAGACCCAACUUAUCACGAAACAACAUUUACACCCUCAACCUGGCCAUAGCUGACCUGCUGUAUGUGAUGUCCCUUCCAUUGCUUAUCUAUAACUAUGGGAGUCAUGAUUACUGGCCCUUUGGGGAGUUUGCAUGUAAACUGGUCCGGUUUCAGUUCUACAGUAAUCUCCAUGGCAGCAUUCUGUUCCUGACUUGUAUCAGUGUGCAGCGCUACGUAGGCAUAUGCCAUCCCUUAGCACUGUGGCAUAAGCGUGGUGGGCGAAAGCUGGCAUGGCGCGUCUGUGGAGGGGUCUGGUUGGUGGUCAUCCUGCUGUGUGCACCCACUUUCCACUUUGCAGCCACAGGGAUCCAGAGAAAUCGCACUGUAUGUUAUGACUUAAGCACGCCAAAACACUCAGUGAACUACUAUCCUUACGGCAUGGCUCUGACUUUCCUCGGAUUCAUGCUGCCAUUCUUGGGCAUCAUGUUGUGCUAUUGUCGGAUGGCUCUUUUUCUCUGCCGACCGGUGACGCAUCAAGGUGUCGUCAUGGCGAGUAACGAGAAAAGGGAGAAAGCUGUAAGGAUGAUCGUUGUCGUGGCAACAGUAUUCUGCAUAAGUUUUUUUCCAUUUCACCUGACCAAGACUAUGUACCUGCUCGUCCGGACUUUUCGUGAGGUUCCUUGUGAAACUAGAAACUUGUUUUCUAUUAUUUAUAAAAGUACCCGGCCGUUUGCAAGUAUGAACAGCUUCCUGGAUCCUAUUCUGUUCUACUUCACACAGCCACGGUAUAGGCAGAGCACGAAACGGUUUGUGCUUAAAAUCACCACACUUAGAGAAAAAGGGACUAGUGUAUGACAUUUAGCUGGAACAACUGGUUAAUGUGAAUAUACAGUAAGAUUUAGAUAAAUUAUAAUAUAAUAUAAUACUACUGUAUGGUUUACUUUACUAUUUUAUACUUGUUCACUGUGAAAUUAAGUUCUAUUUUUUUAUAAAUCAGUAUUUUAUAGAACUAUACAGAAAAUUAUGUUAAACCCUAUGUUUGGUAUGUUAAUUUCUUCUGACUUAACGUAAAUAUGUUUAAUUUAUGGAAUUGCUUUGAAGAGUAUUUUUGUUCAUCAAGCAGUUUACCAUAAUACAAGAGAAUGAUGACUUGCAUGUACUGUAUAUGCGUGCUAAAGAAAAGCAGUAGGUAAGCUGAAAAGUAAUUCUCUCACAUUCUGAAGGAGUUUAAUGUAUUGUAUUAUAAAAUGAAGGCCGUGUCGACUCGAUGUCAAUAUAAUUUAAUACCAGAAAAUAUCAGAUGUUUUCUGUUUGUAAACGUCUUGCACUGAGAUGCUCUAUUCUCUAUUACACCUUAAAGUGUUUAUCUAUUGUACACAUUGAAUAUGUUCAUUGUAAAAGAACAGAAUUAUACAUGUGAACAGACUAUAGAUGUUUUUGCAACUUAAUGAAAAAAAAAAACAUUACAGUGAACCUAUGUUUCUUGUAUGUGCUGUGCAUGUACUUUGACACUUGGCUUAUGCAUUGUUGUAAAUGCCUGUGGAAUAUAUUUUGUCAUUCUUGCUAAACCGUAAGCAGUAUUAGUUCCAACAAAUGUGUUUACUUGUGAAAAGUGUAAGCAUAGAAAGUUUAACAUAGUUAUAUGUGUACAUAAUUAUAUUUUUGUUACUUACUUGCUAUAAUCUAAUAAUGCGUUGUGAAAUAAUAAAAAAAAAAAAAAAGCAUAAAUACAAUAAAACUUAUUCCAAUCCUCUGCCUGGAAAAUAAAAUGCUUGCAUAGGGAAAUGCGGACGACAGGGGGCACUGCAGUCAGUAACUUUUCUUGUGUGAGAAAUGGCACUGGAGAGUUUCUCAUUGGAACAAAAGGGCCUGUUGACCACAUGGAAAGACCACAGCAAUUU